AUGGGAUGUUCUUGUGUGUUUUCAGGCAUGGACGGGACAGCCAUUGAAAAUUUUGUCUGUGUAAUUUUUAAUGUCUCCUUCAUGAACUGCACUUGGCAUGUGGGCAGCACUGCUUCAGGAGACACCCAGUAUUACCUGUACUGGAAGUCUUCAAGGAAAGAAGAUUUCACAGGAUGCCAGAAUUACAUCAAAGAUAAUUACGGAAGGCACACGGGAUGUAAGUUCCAAAAUGUAACAAUAGAAAAUAAAAUAGCUGAUUUCCUGGUAAAUGGGUCUAGAAGUGGACAAAACAUUCAGUCAUUUAAGAAGAAGAUUUUUCUGUACAAAAUUGAAAUACUCACUCCUCCAUUAAACAUCACUGUGAACUGUACAGAAGCUUCUCACAGUUGUGAAAUUCGUUGGCAGCCACCUCGCACAAGUCAUGUGAAAAGACACACUUGCUUCAAGUAUGAAAUUGUAAUAGAAAACAAGGUAAGAAAAUCAGUUUCAGUGGAAAAAAACAUUGAAGGAAAUUCCUACAUAUUUGGGAGCUUCAACACAGAGAAAAGAUACAGUGUCAAACUCAGAGCAACGGACAAUGGUUGUUUGGUUAGCCCAAGCUGGGGAGAGUGGAGUACACCUGUAGAGUUUGGAAAAGAACAAUUUGCAUCUGCUUCAUCAUAUAUGUUAUUUCUGAUAGCAGUGCUGGCAGCAAGUCUUGUACUUUUUCUCUUCACAGUAAGCAUUUAUUUGAAGAAAACAUCUGCUACAGUACCACAGCCAAGAGACCCAUUCCGUGAACUCUAUUCAACAGGUUUCCAGACAGAACAUAACCAUCAAAUAAUAAAUCAUGAAACUGAAGAAAUAAUAACCAUUAUUGAAGAAGUGACAUAA